UUAGUGGCAUUUCGCAUUCAAUUUGUAUCGUUCAGUGCUGAGGCAAGCAAAGUGAUGACGUCGUGUCUGGCGAAGUUUAACAAAAUCUCGUUUGUAUCGUUUUAAAUUUGUCUUCAAGUGUUGAUUUUAAUAAGAGCCGUCCUAGUGCGAUAUCUACGUAAAAUCAAACGAAAAAACUGCGACAGGCUAUCGAGCGGCAACAAUGUUGUAACUUUGCUGAUUAGCUAUUCGUGUGCUAGAAAGAAGUGCACACGUAGGUACAUCAAAAGUGCAAGGCUAAGCAUACUAUACCACAAUGGAAUUCGUCGAAAUGAUACGAACGCCCAAACUGGAUGGUGUGUUGUUGUAUGAACAGCUAAAGCGAGAACAAAUCGACGGAACGCUUUGCGUUACCGGUCAUCAUUUAAUACUGAGCACUCGUCGGGAAGGUGCACGAGAGCUGUGGCUUUUACAUCAGAAUGUUGAUAUUGUCGAACGGAAACCAUGCAUUAUUAACAACGUUCUGGAGGGAGGCACUAUUAUCCUUAAGUGCAAAGAUUUGCGAAUUAUUCAGCUGAAAAUCGGCUCUCCUCAAGAGUACUUCAACGUGUCCAACUCGAUCGAACAGCUAUCGAAUCUGGAGGAAACAAAAAAGCUUUAUCCAUUCUUUUUUAUUCCGAUGUACAACGUUAUACAGGAUGGUCACACGGAGUACUCAGUGGAGACCGAGUUUGCCAAACUGCUAGCAACGGAUGAUUGGCGAUUGACAACUGUAAAUCAAGACUUUCGUGUGUGUCCAUCGUACGGGUCUCGGCUGGUAGUGCAAAAGUCGAUAUCGGACGAGCAGAUUAUCCAGUCAGCAGCGUUUCGCGAUGGCGGUCGGUUUCCGCUGUUGGCAUAUAAGCAUACGAACGGUGCUGUUUUGUUUCGAUGCUCUCAACCCCUGUCUGGUCCGGGAGUGAAACGGUGCCGUGCGGAUGAAGCCAUUCUGAACGCCGCGGUCGAACCGGGUGGCAAGAAGGGUUGCAUCUUUGACACGUGGGGCAAGAGUAAAAACACCAACACUGAAAUCGAACCGCACUAUCCGCAGUGGAGGGUUUUCAGUCGACCGAUCGGUGCUCUGAGUUCGGUUUCGGCACUAUUAGAUAGUUUUGUGAAAUUAAUGGAGGCGUGCAACGAUGUCACUGCCAGCACGGAUCGCUGGCUGACCAGGCUGGAAAAUUCCAGCUGGUUAAGUUUCGUGCUGAAUGCGAUUAAUGUAUCCUGCGUUGUGGCGCAGUGCCUUGCACUGGAAACGGUACCCGUUGCGGUACACGGUGGAAAGGGACUCGACACUCCGCUGAUCGUGACUUCGGUGGCGCAGAUUAUUCUAAAUCCUGACUGUCGGACAAUAAAAGGACUGCAGGCCUUAAUCGAACGGGAGUGGCUUCAAGGGGGCUAUCCCUUCUCGACUCGUCACAAACACUCGUGCUACACGCCGUCGGCGCAGCGGCACAAAACUUCUAGCGCAACGUUUGUUCUGUUUCUUGACUGUGUCUUUCAAUUGUACAACCAGUUUCCCUGUAGUUUCGAGUUUGACUCGCGCUACCUGAUUAUGCUAUUCGAGCACAGUUAUUGCAGCCAGUAUGGCACAUUUUUGGGAGAUUCGGACCGAGAGCGAACCGAACUGCGGGUACGGGAACGUACGACAAGCCUGUGGAGUUACAUUAACCGGCCCGAGAUCAUCGAUACUCUGCUCAACCCGAUGUAUGUUCCGAAUGCAUCGAUAAUCUGGCCAUCGGUGGCCCCGCUCAGCAUUAUCCUCUGGUCGGAAAUGUACACCCGUUGGGUGAUCGACCAAAGCCAAUCGCAAGCCACACGCGAUCGGAUGCGGGCGAUCAUUAGCGACGAGAAAGAGCUGGAAAAGCGGGCGAAAAAAUUGCGACGUGAACUGGCCGAAUUGCAGCGCGAAUAUCAACAGCUGAAACUGCUGGAUGAAGAUGAAACGUCCGUGCAUGGAGAGGAGGAUUAUGAUGAUGACGAAUUCGAUGACCACUGCAAGGACUUUACUCCUGCUGGACGCUUCACCAUCCGCCGCAUUUGGUUGUUCUCCAUGGAUUGCAGUUCAUCAGGGAUAACCCUUGUCGUCUCUCCCCUCAAUUUCGUCAUGGGGUGAUGGUGGAUCUGUAGAACCCAAAGUUUCAGCAGCAGAGGUUGCUCUUAGAGGUGGUAAGAAAAACAUGCAUCUUACCCGGGAGUCUCGCUACACCAUGCGUUGCACAAUAACUUGUUUGUUGUGAAUUGGGCAGAGUCGAUGGCAAUGCGCCAUGAAGUAUGCAAUUGAUUGUAACCCUUCAUAACGAGUGGUUAGCAUCUUUGUUUUGUACCAUAUCUUAUGUGAAAUAUAGGGACCUAUUACAGAAGCCGAGUAGACUCGUUACGACUAUGCAUUUCGAAUGAGACGAGUUGCUCGUCGAUUCGUCGAUGCUCGUACAAUAAAUCUGCGAGUUGAAAUGACUAAUUUCAUAGGAAUAGAGAUUACCUGUAAAACAGUAUACAUCACUCAAUUUGUCAUUACUAAUACGCACGAUGACGAAUGAGAACACGAUGAUGACAUACUAUUUGAUGACAAUAAAAUGAUAACUGUUCAUUGAGUUUUUAAGAAAAGGACAAAUUAAAGCUGGAAUUAAAUUAACAUGUACGUAGAAACUAGAACAGAGUGAAAAUGUGUGUUUUCUAACAAUGACAUCAACCUUAUAGGAUCAGUAUGUGUUUUCAUCAUACCAUUUUAUCGUACUACCGUUAAUCAUGUAUAACAAUUCUGUAUAUAAAUCUUUCUUCAUAUUAUAAUGUGGAUUUAAUUUAGCUCUAAUCAACGUGAUCUUCUAGGGACUUGAGUAAGUAUUCUUGUGUAAUUCUUCGUUGAAAUUGAAAUAUCUGUUCUAGUUGACCGCCGUUGCUCUUUUCCAAGGCUUUUUACAUCAUUGUCCUGAAAAAUAAAUC